GGUGCCGGCGGCCACAUGACCGGGCGGGAGCGGGGCCGGGCCGGGCUCUCACCGCCUACAAAUGCGGCGAUCCCGGAGCGGGGCCGCCGCCUCCUGCGUGUCCGUGUCCCCGCGUGUCCGUGUCCCCGCGCCGGGCGGAGCAUGGCGGCGCGCCGCUGGCUGCUGGCGCUGCUGCUGCUCCUCUGCCUCGCGCUGAGCGCCGCGUACGCGGGGCCGCUGGGAGCGGGGCUGGAUGGGAUGGAUCCCGAGGACGGCCUCAUCCGAACGCUGGUGCGACCACGGGGUGCGCGGCGCGGGAACGUGCGGCGGCCGGGGGGGUGGCGGAAAUAUCGCCGACCCCGGCCACGGCUGUCCCAUAAGGGCCCCAUGCCCUUCUGAUAGAGGACCGCCGCCAGCGCUCCAGGGAUGCAUCCCCACCGCCCACUCCGCUCGUCCCCGAGCCCACCCGUGAGCCGGCGUCACCUCCCCGCAGCUGCCCCCGGUGGCCUUGGCACCGCGUCCUCCCAGUGCCCCCAUGCCCUGAUCCCGGUGCGCCAGGUCCAGGGGCUCUGCGCAAAGCACUUUGUCCGGCAGAGGAGCUCCCCUGGGGGUCCUGCCUUGUCCCCUCCCAGGGGGGGGUCUAUUUAUUCCCACAGUGCUGACCCCGUGUGAGCUGCCCUGUGGGGUUCCCCCCCCUCCCCCGGGGCUCUGCGGGAAGCACUGAUGUACCCCAAAGGGGCCGCAGCGGUGCCGGGCCCUGCUGGUCACCGUGUCUCUCAUGUCUGUAAAGAAUUGUUCUGUGUAAAUACAUCUUUAUAGUAAAGAGCUAUGAUGACAGUAAGCGCUUGUUGUGGCGGUGCAGUGGGAGACUGAACGAAGGGCUGGGGCAUGCUCUGCAGCCUGUGGGGCUGGGGAGGGGUGCUCUGCGGCCUGAGCAGGGAUGCAGCCAUCCCAUUGCUGUCCCCAUGGUGCUGGUGGUGGCAUCUGUGCUGUGACAGCAGCUGGGCUGGGGGCUCAUGCAUCUCGCUAACGAAAAGCGGUUUGUAACUCCGGGUGUGAGCACCGUGAUGCUGACGUUGCCGUGGUUAC